CGCGGUCUCGCUAUGGCGGCCCCGGCAGCGGGCUCCGGGUCGCGGCUGGACCCGGUGGAGACGCUGCAGGAGGAGGCGAUCUGCGCCAUCUGCCUGGACUACUUCGUGGAGCCGGUGUCCAUCGGGUGCGGGCACAACUUCUGCCGCCGCUGCAUCGCGCAGCUCUGGGCCGGAGGGGACGCGGAGGCCCCGGCCCCGCAGGAGGAGGAGGAGGAGGAGCUGGAGGAGGAAGAGCUCGAUGUGGAGCAGGAGGAGGAGGAGGAGGAGGAGGAUGGCGCCGAGGAGGAAGAGGAAGAGGAGAUGUGGAGCGAGGAGGAGGAGGAGGACCCCGAGCUAUGGGGGGACCCCGCGGAGGAGGAGGAGGGGAUGUGGGGCGGGGGGGCCCGGGGGGAGCUGUACUUCGGGGAGGAAGAGUACGACGAGGAUGUGAUGGAGGAGGACGUGGAGGAGGAGGAGGAAGAGGAGGAGGAGGAGGAAGAGCCGGCAACGACGCCCCUUGGGGCCGCUCAGCCCCAGCGGCUGCAGACCUUCACGUGCCCCCAGUGCAGGAAAACCUUCUUCCAGCGCAGCUUCAGGCCCAACCUGCAGCUGGCCAACAUGGUGCAGAUCAUCCGGCAGCUGCACCCCCACCCGCAGCGCCUGCUGCCCCCCAGCCCCGCCGCUGCCCUGGGGGGCCCCCCCGACCGCUGCGAGCGGCACCAGGAGCCGCUGAAGCUGUUCUGUGAGGUGGACGAGGAAGCCAUCUGCGUGGUGUGCAGGGAGUCCCGCAGCCACAAGCACCACAGCGUGGUGCCGCUCGAGGAGGUGGUACAGGAUUAUAAGAACAAGCUCCAGAGCCACCUGGAGCCACUGAAGAAGAAGCUGGAGCUGGUGCUGAAGCAAAAAUCCAACGAAGAGGAGAAGAUCACGGAGCUGAGGGACAAGAUGAAGCUGGAGAUCAAGGAACUGGAGUCGGACUUCGAGCUGCUGCACCAGUUCCUGGUCGGGGAGCAGGUGCUGCUGCUGCACCAGCUGGAGGAGCGCUACGAGAGCCUCAUGGGCCGGCAGAGCAGCAACGUGCGGCUGCUGCAGGAGCAGAGCGCGGCGCUGCGCCGCCUCUUGGCCGAGGCCGAGGACAAGAGCCGGCAGGAUGGGCUGCAGCUGCUCCAGGACAUCAAAGGCACUUUCAUCAGAUGUGAGAACAUGAAAUUCCAGGAGCCCGAGAUGGUGCCUGUGGACGUGGGGAAGAAAUACCGUAACUACUUCCUGCAGGACGUGGUGAUGAGGAAGAUGGAGAAAGUCUUCUACAAAGUCCCUCAAGCGGAGGUGACGCUGGACCCGGACACGGCCCACCCGCGGCUCAGCCUGUCCCUGGACCGCCGCAGCGUGCGCUUGGGCGAGCGGCGCCAGGACCUUCCCGACAAUCCCAAGCGCUUCGACUGGGAAUUCUGCGUGCUGGGAGCACAGGGCUUCAGCGCCGGGCGCCACUACUGGGAAGUGGAAGUGGGAGGCAGGCGGGGCUGGGCGGUGGGAGCUGCCCGGGAGACGACGCGGCGCAAGGAGAAGCCGAUGGGAGCGCAGCAGAAGAGGGAGAUCUGGUGCGUGGGCACCAAUGGGAAGCGUUUCCAGGCGCUGACGGCCACGGAGCAAACAUUCCUGACGCCGGGAGAGCGGCCCCGGCGCUUCGUGGUCUACCUGGACUAUGAGAGGGGUCAGCUCUGCUUCUACAAUGCUGAGAACAUGAGCCACAUCCACACCUUCAACGCCUCCUUCCGCGAGCGCAUCUUCCCCUUCUUCCGCAUCCUGGCCAAGGGCACCCGCAUCAAGAUCUGUGCCUGAUCCUGUGCUUUUCCUGCCCUUGGGAUCUGGUGCUGCUUUUCCUGCCCCUUGGAUCUCAGUUUAGGAUCCAGCGCUGCUUUUCCUGCCCCUCAGAUCCCAGUUUGGGAUCCAAUGCUUCUUUUCCUGCUCCUUGGAUUCCAUCUGGAUCCUACUUUUGGAUCUGGUGCUGCUUUUCCUGCCACUCAGAUCUCAUUUUGGGAUCUGGCGCUGCUUUUCCUGCCCUUUGGAUCCUGGUUUGGGAUCUGGCAUUGCACUUGUCUUGCACCCAUUUCCUUUCCCCACCCGCUCCUCCCGGGAUCCAAAGCCAGGUUUGGGUUGGAAUUAGGGAAGGAUCCACCUCAGAGGCAGUUUUCCUGCUGCCAGGAGCUCUUCUCUCCCAUUCCCAACGGAUGACAUCCCGGUGGGAUUCAGUGUCAUGAAGCUCUUGGCUUCAUUCUGAACCAACCUCCCAUCAUCAUCUUCCCCAACUUCCAUCGCUGGUUGCACUGAGGAGGCUGGAUUCCUUUGGGAUUCACUUCCAGCCUCCCUCAGACUCGGGCUGGUGUCCACACUUGGAGUCCAUCCCGCUUUUCCCUGCGGUAUUCCGUGUUUUUGGGAUCUCCAUCCCAUUCCCCAGCACUUAUCCCACGUUCCUGCUCCUGUAUUUAUUUUUGCUCCCUUUUCCUCUCAAUUUGUCUCGGCUGCUCCCGAGAUUCCAGCUCAAUCCAGAGACUCGGUUGUGUAUUAAUCCCUCUUUUUUGUUGGUGGGGUUUUGUUCCUGUUGGCAUUCCAGAGCUACUUCCAACUAUUUUUGGCUAAAAUGGGAAUUAAAUUGAGAUUUAGUUUUAUGUCAAAUAAUAAAGAUUAAGGUUGUAAA